UUAAUUGUUUUAGGACUUUUUUUGUCUUAAAAUUUCCCAGAAACCUCGUCGGCGAAAUUCAAACAAAUAAAAAAAGUCUGAAAUUUUGAGGAUAAUCCAAAAUAAUCGUUGAAUUUUUUUGCAUAAUUUUGUCUUUUGCAUUGGGUUCUUAACAAUUCUAUUAUCACUUUUUUUUUCAUUGUGGGACGAACGAUUCAUUAGGGUUUCACUGUUUCAGUUUUGAUUGGUUAAAAAAAAAAUUAAAAGAUGCAGCAAUCUCCACAGAUGAUUCCGAUGGUUCUUCCAUCAUUUCCGCCAACCAACAUCACUACUGAACAGAUCCAAAAGUAUCUUGAUGAGAACAAGAAGCUUAUAAUGGCGAUACUGGAAAAUCAACACCUCGGUAAACUUGCAGAAUGUGCUCAGUAUCAAGCUCUUCUCCAAAAGAAUUUGAUGUAUCUCGCUGCAAUAGCGGAUUCCCAACCUCAGCCACCGGCAGCUGCACCAAUACCAAGAGCCAUGAUGACUCCCCUAGCUAUGCUUCCUCAUCCGUCAGCAAUGCAGCCACCACCAAGCUACUUCAUGCAGCAACAUCCACAAGCUAUGGGAAUGGCUCAACACAUGCCACCCGGGAUAGUCCCUCCAAGAGGUCCAUUGCAAUUUGGUAACCCGCAUCAACUUCAGGAUCCACAGCAACAGUUACAUCAACAAGCUAUGCAAGGGCACAUGGGAUUUAGACCAAUGAGUUUGAAUAAUAAUAAUAAUAACGGACUGCAACAUCAAAUGCACCACCCGGAAACUACUCUUGACCCAAACAACUGUCGGAACAGUGCUAGUGGCGGAGGUAAACAGGAUGGGACCAAUGUGAGCCAAAGUACAGCUGAUGAGCAAAGUGGUUCAGCUGCUAGACUUGGCAGUGAUGAUGCAAAAAUUGAAGGAAAAUAA